AUGGCAUCCAACUGUGAUAGAAUGAAGUUGCUGGGGAAAGAAAGGUUCCAUAAAUCUCAACACUGGGGCUUUUGCAACUCCAUUCCUAUGCUAGUGAAUGAAGAUAAGCCUGGAAUAGGUGGUGAACCUCUGUUUGGACACUGCCCGAAACCCAAAUUUAGUGUUUAUCCCCGAGGACUAGGAAGUGAUGCACCAUCAUGGGUAGCAUUUGACAAACAGGUGUUAGCUUUUGAUGCCUAUUUUGAAGAUGAAGUGCCAGAUAAAAACCAAGAGUUAUAUAGGAUAAGACACUGUAGAAUCUACUUCUACCUUGAAGAUGACACAAUUCAAGUACUUGAACCACAGCUGAAAAAUAGUGGGAUGCCACAAGGAAUUUUCAUCCGACGUCAUCGGAUUCCACUCCCAUAUCCUAAUGAUGAUCAGUUUUAUACGAUUCAUAAUUUUAAUAUUAACACACAAGUUGUCUUCUAUUCCCGAGUAUUCAAGAUUUAUGACUGUGAUCAUUUCACUAAAAAUUUUCUGAGGAAAAUGGGUAUUCCAGUAAAUCCCCCAGGAACUUGUCCACCUGAUCCUUACAUGAAAGAACGGAAAAUGAAUUUAGACCGCAUGAACCCCCUCCGUCCUUAUGAGCGCUUUGAUACCCUGAGACAAUUCCUGGAGCACGAUGGGCAUGUUUUGCGUUUUUACUGCUUGUGGGAUGACACAGAAUCAAUGUUUGGUGACCCCAGAGAACUUGUUCUUCACUAUUUUUUGUCCGAUGAUACCAUUGAAGUGAAAGAAGUAAUACCGGCCAACUCAGGCAGGGAUGCUAUUCCAUUGUUCCUUAAUAGGAGAAAACUACCUAAGUGUGCUCCAACUGGACUAUAUCACCCUGGCCAAAUCACAGAUCGAACAAUUCUCAAUGUGUUUGGUGGACUUGUGGGAAACCGAGGCCGAUAUCUAUUGGAUAACUGUAAGACAGGAGCACUAAACCAGGAAUUUUACAAAGACUCAGAUCUGAAAAUAGGCAACAUUAUCAAUAUUUGGGGGAGAAAAGUACUACUUUGUGAUUGUGAUGAGUUUACUAAGGCAUAUUAUAGGACUAAGUAUGGACUUGAGGACUUUACCCCAAUUCCAUACAAGAAUCCGCCUCCUCCCACAGUAGAGAAAAUUUAUCCACCUUACCAUGGAUAUGGCUCUGAAGAGGAUUCUCUUUGUUCCUGCUUAGGACUUAUGCCCAAACCACCCCAGAAAGAUUUCAAGAAAUUUAUGGAAAAAGACAGCUUUGGUCUUGUCAGUCACGUGCUUCGGUUUCUUGCAAAACUUGACACAGAUGAUUGUAUUGAUAAGGAUCGGAGAUUCAUCAUUUCGUAUUAUCUCUGUGAUGACACUAUUUCAGUGUUUGAGCUUCAAAUGAGAAACACAGGAGUAAUUGGUGGAAAGUUCUUGGAAAGAGGUCGUAUUAAGAAACCUGGACAGAAAGUUUUUAAGAGUGAGCCCUCUUUAUACUUCACGGCUCAGGAUCUAUAUGUUGGUGCCCGUGUUUCCUUCAAUGGUUACAAUUUAAUUUUGUUGAAUGGUGAUGAAUAUUCACUCUCCUAUAUGGAACAGCAUCCAAAUGAGUUUCCUAUGGGCAACAUUGAACUUAUCCUAAGAAAACUGAAAGAUUAUGGAGGCUCCAAUUCCAGAGAGAUCAAGAUGAUCUUUGCGGCCACUGACCCUCAGCACACAAAGAUAAUGGAUUAUGAAACAUUCAGAGAAGUAAUGUUAAAUAUAUCAAAUAAAAAACUCAGUGAGCAUGAGAUUAUGACUAUUGGACGUUUCUAUAGUGUCAGAGAAGACUCUGAGAGUGAAUUUACUUUCUUUCUUUCACUUGCUCAAGAUCAGUUGAAGAAAAACACCUUUGAGAUUUUUGACAAAAUGAUUGCCAUGUGCAUAUACAAGGACCAGGCCAAAAGAGGACUAUUGCCCAGUUCAGCUAUCAGGACUCUCUGCAAGUCCUUUAGAAUGCCUGUAGCAGAUGAUCUUCUAAGAGCCUUACUGUCCAAAUUUGAGGACAGCCAGGAACAAAUCGACUAUCAGAAGUUUUUUGAUUCCAUAAACUGGAGAGUCAAUGCAGCUCCACCUUUCCAGACGCUGAUGACUUCAAAAUCUGAUGAUGUCUGGAAUUACGUGCCUCCUCCUCUUCCAGUGAAAUGCGUCAGAUACGUGCCACUCCUGGAAGAUUUAUUUGGUGCUGAAGAACAUUCAUGA